AGUAAAGAAGGCUCGGCGUUCUCGAAACGGCCCAGUUUCGGUAGCGAGUAGCGACGCGAAAAGUGAUUCCGCGAUGAAUCUUCGGCUGCGCGGCCUCUCGAAUUUCGCGUUCCUCGUACUGACGCACUUGCUGAUAGCACUCGCCGAUAUUCGACCGUUCGAAAAGGCGAAUCGUUUUCCUCCGAAAGUAUCCGAAAAGUUGGACGAGUAUUGGAACGCGUACAAGGUUCGAUACAACAAGAGCUAUUCCGAAAGUGAGGAGGCUGCGAGGAGAACAGCCUGGGAGGCAAACCUGGUCACGAUCUACAAGCACAACAUGAUGGCAGCUGCCGGUCAUCACAGCUACACGCUGCGCGACAAUCACAUAGCGGAUCUCGGAACCAGACAAUACAUUCGAGGCAUGGUGAAGCUGAUGCCGAGUCGUAAACGGCGCGUCUCGAAGGAGCCGAUGGUUGGCGCGGUGUUGCGCGACCCCCGACUCGUGCCCGCGCGACUCGAUUGGCGCGAGCACGGGUUUCAAACUCGCCCGGAGAACCAGCGAGAUUGCGGCAGUUGUUACGCUUAUUCGAUAGCCGGCGCUAUUCAGGGUCAAGUUUUCAAGGAAACCGGCAUGCUGAUUCCUCUGAGCGAGCAACAGUUGAUCGACUGCAGCACCUCUACGGGAAACUUGGGUUGCUCCGGUGGUUCCCUGAGGAACACGCUCAGAUAUCUCGAGAAGGCGAAAGGACUGAUGGCUCGAGAUCAUUAUCCGUACAAAGGAAGACAAGGCGCGUGUCGGUUCCAGGAAGACUCGAGCGUCGUUAAUAUUACUUCGUGGGCAGUGUUACCGGCGCGCGACGAGAAUGCUUUAGAAGCUGCCGUGGCGACCAUAGGCCCGAUCGCGGCUUCGAUAAACGCCAGUCCGAAAACUUUUCAGCUCUAUCACGAAGGGAUCUACGACGACGAAACUUGCAGCUCGGACACCGUGAACCACGCCAUGCUGAUCGUCGGCUACACGCCUACCGAAUGGAUCUUGAAAAAUUGGUGGGGCGACGGAUGGGGUGAAAACGGUUAUAUGCGGUUGAUUAAAAAUAAAAAUCGAUGCGGCAUAGCCAAUUACGCGGCUUAUGCAAAAGUAUAGUCGUCUGACGUCGGAUGGAGUCGCAACGAGUAGACCGCUUUCAUCAUUGUCAUUUGUCGUCGAUUAUCUUGUUACGAUUCGACCGUUACGAAACGAGCUCGGUUGAAGCUACGAAAAAAUGUUGAUCUCUCGAUAAACGUGCGAAAACUAGUGAAUUUCAGCUGUACACGGUUGCUAUUUUCGUUGUAUUUCUCGCCUCGCCUCGCGUCGCACCGCCACGCUGCAUUUCUUUUCCGCAUUUCUGCAGUUUCAUGCUAAUUUCCGACGGAGGGAAUCGCGCCAUUAGCGACGCGAGUCUUCUCCUUCGGAUCGAUUGAAACCAUGGCUAGAGUAGGUAAAUAAACGUUCCAUAAAAUCACAUCCACCGACUGGUUCUCCGAUCGCUGUUGGCCGUUUCGGGUACAUCGACCGGUCUGCGGACACGCGAUCGAAGCGUCUAUGGAAAUGCACGUGUACGCGACGUAUCGUACGUGGACAUGUAUCUCCCGAGUACGCUCGGAAGUCGCAGGAUCUUCCGACGAGAUCGGCCGUUCGAAAACGCGGACGGAGAAGCCGAAGGAUAGACGCGGCGCGAUACGAAGCGACGCGAAGCGACGCGAAGCGAGUCGAAACGAAGCCGAGUGAAACGAAAGGAAUAGCACGAUGCGCGGGUACGACGGACGCGACGAACAUGUCGAACACGGCGAACAGAGACAUGUUCGUGGCGCGUGCUUCUACCAACGAUAUCAACGUGAUUCGUCUCUGUCCAAUCCGCGGUAUCCCCUCGCUCGUGGAGCAAAGUUCAGACUUUACCGAGAAUCGAUGCGUGACUAAAUCAUUCCGUCCGAGAAUCAUCAGUCUUCGCGGUUGAGUCGCUUGGGAAGUCGUGCCGAUGAAAACCGAUCGACCGACUGCGUACGAGCAAGUAUAGGUUGAAGGGCGAGUGUGCGUCGGCGACUUGUCAAAACGGGACGCUAAGCGUGAAAGUGGUUACUCCUACAUCUCUGCCUCGCUCGACGAAAUUUUCAAUUUUCAAUUUUUAAUUUUCAAUUUUCAAUUUUCAUCGGAGUCUGCUCUGGCCGAUUGUUUGGCGGCGCGCCAAAAUGUCAACGAGCGAGUCCCAACUGUUGUUGUCCGAAACCUGAAGCGUAUCGCAACAGCUUUGCAUUGGCAAAAAUC